GACACGCUUCGCACGCACCGGCUCCGCCCCAGAAAAGCCAGUUAAAACGGUGCAACUUGUGUGUGUUUCGGUGACUCUCUCUCCCCGUUGGAUCGCGCGCUGCUCUCCCUCCGUGCUGCUGCGGCGCCCGCGGGAGAAGUGGGUUGGGGAACUAUAGUAGUUGUGUGGACUUUGUGGCCGUCGUUUCUUGAUCGAGUUGCACCGGCGGCGGGGGGUGAGGGAUGGAGUCAGGCAACAGCGGGAGCCUCCAGUCGUCCAGUGGAGGGGACGACGAGCUCGACUCCAGAUGCGGCGGGGGCGCCGACGACUCGUCGUCCUCGCCGCUCUCCGCGCUGCUGCGGCAGUCGCCGGCGGGGUUCGGGGGUGGUGGUGGUGGCGGCUCGUUCUACGGCCUGCAGGAGCUGGCGUCGGCGCCGUCCCAGCUGCUGCCGCCGCCGCCCAUGUCACAGGCGGCGGCGGCGCAUCAGUGGGCGGCGGCGAUGCCGGGCGGCGGCGGGGCUGGAGCGUCGCCCUCGCCGUCGCCCCACGGGGUGCAGGCCUCUGGUGCUGAGCAGGCGGCGCCGGCGCAGCAGGGGGUCGCGCCGCCGGUGAGGGGGUCGAGGAAGCGGACGCGGGCGUCGCGCCGCGCGCCGACGACGGUGCUGACCACCGACACUUCCAACUUCCGCGCCAUGGUGCAGGAGUUCACCGGUAUCCCUUCCCCGCCCUUCGCCGGACCGCCCGCGCGCUCCCGCUUCGACCACCUCUUCCCAUCACCGUCCUCCCUACGCUCCGCCGCCGCCGCCGGGAGCCCCUCCUCGCUCCCCGCCUACCUCCUCCGCCCCUUCUCGCAGAAGCUCCACCCUUCCCCUUUCCCGCCUUUCCCCUCGCCCUCGACGUCCUCGCCGUCGCCGUCCAACAUUGCCAUUGCAACCUCCACCGCCGCCCCAAGCACGGCGGCGGUGGCUGCACCCGGCGACAGGUACCAGCUCGCGUCGGCGCCACUGUCCUCCCUUCUCGAGUUGCAGGAUCACGGCGGCAGCUACCUCCGCUUCCAGAGCCACCUCGGCGCCCAGCUCGGCGGCGACAGCAAGUACGUCGCGCAUCCCAUGUUCGACGCUCCGGCCCGCGACCAAGCCCCACCGUUGCAAAGGCUGCAGGACCCGGCGGCCGACUUCCUCGCCCUCACGCAUGGCAUCAUGGGCGCCGACGGAACACACAUGCACCAUCAACGAAGCCGUGACCACGGCCACGGCGGCGACGAGCUGUCCGGCGUGGUCGGCGGCGCGUCCAUGACCGGGAGCGUCGGCGUCGGCUGCAAGAAGACGACCUACUCGUCCGGCUCCGGCGCGCCUCUACUGGAGCGCAAUGCGGGGAGCACGUCGGUCACAGUCGCCGCAACGCCGACACCUUCAUCGGCGGCAGCGGCGACGAGGACGCAAUCCAUGGACACAUGGAUCUGUACAUCGGAGUAGGUGAAUUCACUCCCAAAGAGUAGCAGAUUGGCUUGUAGUAAGCUCACUAGCAAGUUAAUUUUACUUGAUUCUUCCAAAUUUCUAUAAUUAAUCUCUACUCCUUGGUGUUUAAUUCCUCAAUUUGCAUAUGCUUUGUGUAGAUCGAUCAAAUUGAACCAAACAAACAGCAUCAUAUCAUCAUAGUAUCAUUGCUUAUUACAAUUAAUUAAUCACAUGUAGGGGACAGUUUCUUAGUAUUAAUGAAGUUGCAUGUAUGUCUC